AUGGCUAUCUUGUGGAUCCUUCUCUCCACCCGUUGGAGCUUGUCGAGUGUGCAAGCUGCUUUGAACGUCUUCAUCUCUGUCCUCGGCACUGUCGGACUACGGUCAUUUUCCCGCUUCUGGUGGCGUCGAGGAAGCGCAACGUUGCUCCGUGAAAAAGGUAGCAUUCCACUGCGUGCGCUAUAUACCUUCACAGGCCCUGGGGAUGCCUGGGACCUUGUCGCCAUCCUACGUACCCGGGUCUUCGAAAAGGAGAAUUGGCAUCUGCUUGCACAACUCAUUGUGGUACUGACUAUUACGGCUACAUGCAUGUUCUCUGGCCCAAUCGCCAAAAUUUCACUUCGAAAUGGUCAGACCAUCCAACAAAGGGACCUCAAGGUGAUGCAGACGAUGAAAGGCGCUGGAGGUUUCUCGAAUCUGCUAUAUGCCAAUGUGUUAUGGAACGAUACGAUUCAGAGCUUGGAUCGCGCCAAUUUUCCGACAACUCAAAUGCUCGAUUAUCUGCCGCCUUCUACCGAACCCUGGACAUACGUAGCAAAUGAAUGGGAUCCAACAUGGAGCGUGGCCUGCAACGAAACUCACGAAACAAUAUUACCCAACGUUGUGGCAGCCGGGAAUCAUAGCAUCUACGAACCGCUCCAACUCUACAGCGCAUUCCGACAGACUUUCAGUUCGGCUUGGCUGGAUAAAUCGAGAUAUAAGAUAACCGACAACUUCGACAGCUGGGCAACGUGGACGGACCCGCAGAAACAGCUGAAGCAUGUACUCUGGUUUGUCAUCAUCCAAUCAGACCCUGAAGUGGAGGACCGAAUGUACACCAACAGAGAUACGCUUGAGCUGUCCCUUACUGUGUUUCACGCCCAAAACUUUUCAGCGAAGGCCACAGACAAAGGAAUGACAGGGGAGGAAACAUGGAUGCCGUUUGGUCCGAUUCAAAAGGCAUCCUAUGCGCGAGUAGAGUGCACAAUCACUCGUAAAUUUAAAGUUCUAGACGAAAAUUCUAUACCCUGGGUUUGGCUAAAUGACACGGACUCGAUCGCCAUGGGCUACAGAGCUUACUGGGAAUAUGACCUAGAAAAGGCUGCUGGAAGAGGCGCAGCUGUCACAACACCUUCACCUCGAGAUAUAUUCAGGUUCUAUCAAGCCUAUGUGGUUGCUGCGAACACCAAUCAUAGCGUUCCUACGCCUAGGAAGGUGAGCGUCUGGGUUGACACCGUCCAGCUAUCAGUGGUCUUCCUCAUCUUUCUCCUUCUCCUGUCUCUGAUGACUUUUGGGGGCGCCGGCCGGCACUUCUUCUUCUUAGGGCGGAACAAGACUCAAAUUGCGAGAAUGUACGUCCCAGACGGCAAGAUCGAGUGGAUGAUACAUGCAGCGAAAAGUUCGGAGGUUCGGCUUGAAGAUGAGGCGAUCGAAGAGAUCAAGUUCGAAGACCGAGACCACUUCCGCGCUGGCGUCUUUGGACGCCCAGGCUUCGAAAACAUCGACGAUACCUUGCCCGCCCCCAAAUUGGCUAGGGUGUACUCGAGUAGAAUUUCGAUCUCGAAUGCAACGCCGAGUAUCAGGAGCAGCAGGUCCAAGGUCCGAUCAAUAUCUCCAUCCGUCGUUCCGUCCAGGUCUUCCUCUAUGAUUGUGCAGCCGAUCGAUGAAGAGCACAGAAGCGAUCUCCAGCACAUUCCAAGCUUUACAAGCGCCGAUGGUUUGUUGGACAUUGUGGUUUCACCUGCGCACAGCAACGCUAACGUCCUUCCCAUCCACCCUGUUUCCUCUAUGGACACGAAUAUGUUAGACCCUCAUGUUCCUGCAAGGGUCCCCUCAGUCGAUAACGCCUCCAGGGUGGACAAGAGCGGCCACUCGUUCGAACACAAAGCGGAUGCACCAAAGGGGAAUUUCCCAUACUCUAACAUACCGGUGUGA